CUCAACCGCAUCACUCGACGCGUGGUGAGUUUGAUUCCAGAGCUGCAAGCGACUCGCCGCGCCGCGACUACAACGGGGAAAAGCCAUGGCAGCGGCGUCAUGUCCUUGAACUCCGUCAUCAGCGACUCACUGCUGGGAGACUGGACCCGGGCCUCCAACAUCCUGGUCCGGAAGGCCGCCGAGCGCGAGGAGGAGACGCCCCGGUCUCAAGUGGAUCCAGCAGACUUCCAAUUGGAGGUGCCCAAGGAGAGGCGCCGCAGUCGCCGCAUCUCCAGCUUGCGGGAAAAAUCGGAGUUGGACCUCCAAGAGCUGCGGGCCUCCACGAGGGCGGCGGGCACUCCUUCCAGCUCCAAGCUUCGGGUCGGACGUACGCGGACGAGGCCCGAAGAGAAGAGGGAUUCGAGAAGCCCCAAGGUCUUGAAGAUGCUGAGGGAGUGUCUUCAGAUUGCACAUGCUCGCUUGGCGGAGACGAGCAGCGAGGUGACCCAGAAGUUGUCCAAGAGCUUAACUCCUGGGCCCCACUCCUCAUGGCCUGCUCAUUUGGCGCCCUGCCAAGCUGUCGCGCCUUCAUUGGGUUUCGUGGACUUGGAGAGCAGUGAGAGCAAGAAGGCCAGCAAGCGGGUAUGGUCGGGCCACUGCACGGUGGAGUGGUUUCAGGUGAAGUUGGUGAAGGUCCAUGCCUUCAAUGAGAAGCUCGAGCGCUUGAAAAGGCAGAAGCCCACAAUCACUGAAGAUCCAGAGUUGCUCCAAGCGGCUUUCCAAGAAGCCUUAAGUGAGGCACGCCGGAUCCAAGCACAGACCAUCUCUGCGAAGAAUGAGGUCGAACGCCUCAAAAACGCUUUGGCACGGCAAAAGGCCCUCACCGAGCAGACCCGCCCAGGCGCGCGAAGCACGCUCACCGGCAGCCCGAGCACCAUGCGCCCGAGCCGGUCGAGUGUCCAGCCGCCAUCGAGUGCCCGGGGGGAACGGAGCCCACACAGGGGUGCACCGGCUUUGCCAAUCAUCGUGAGGCGGUCAGAGGCUUCAAGGUGAGGCGGAAAAGGGAGAGCCCGUGAACCAGGGAGUUGGUGUUGACCUGAAAGAUGGUCAAAGGAAGAAGUGUUUUAGUCGUUUGAUGCCAUGCCUUUGAGACCUCUUGUUUUAUAGGUGUUUUUUGGCACACCAGGAUGACCAAAUCCAGGUUCUGUCUUGAAGACGGAGCACUUUCUUUGUGGCCACCGAAAGUUUCACCUCACUUGGAGCUCCAGAAUGACUCGAAAA